CGCCCGAGGCUGGGUAGGGGCGCAGUGCAGGAGGCGGCUGCGGUGGCUGCGGCGGGAGCGUGAGCUGGAGGAAGCGGCGGCUGCGGCGGUGCGGGCGGUCGCGCAGCGGCAGGCACAGGUGUAAUGGACAGGUAACACAGAGCACCUCUUCCCUUCCUCGUCAGGCGGCAGCAUGACCGAGUGCUUCCUGCCCCCCACCAGCAGCCCCAGUGAGCACCGCAGGGCAGAGCAUGGCAGCGGGCUGACCCGGACCCCCAGCUCGGAAGAGAUCAGCCCCACCAAGUUUCCUGGACUAUACCGCACGGGAGAGCCCUCCCCUCCCCAUGACAUCCUCCACGAGCCUCCCGACAUCGUGUCUGAUGAUGAGAAAGACCAUGGCAAGAAAAAAGGGAAAUUUAAGAAAAAGGAAAAAAGGACUGAAGGCUAUGCUGCCUUUCAGGAAGAUAGCUCUGGAGAUGAAGCUGAAAGUCCUUCCAAGAUGAAGAGGUCCAAGGGAAUCCAUGUUUUCAAGAAGCCCAGCUUUUCUAAAAAGAAGGAGAAGGAUUUUAAAAUAAAAGAGAAACCCAAAGAAGAAAAGCACAAAGAAGAAAAACAUAAAGAGAAAAAGUCAAAAGACUUGACAGCUGCUGAUGUCGUUAAACAGUGGAAGGAAAAGAAAAAAAAGAAAAAGCCCAUUCAGGAGCCAGAGGUGCCUCAGGUUGAUGUUCCGAGUCUCAAGCCCAUUUUCGGAAUUCCCUUGGCUGACGCCGUGGAGAGGACCAUGAUGUAUGACGGCGUCCGGCUGCCGGCCGUGUUCCGGGAAUGUGUAGAUUAUGUAGAGAAGUACGGCAUGAAGUGUGAGGGCAUCUACAGAGUUUCAGGAAUUAAAUCAAAGGUAGAUGAGCUAAAAGCAGCCUACGACCGAGAGGAGUCUCCAAACUUGGAAGAAUAUGAGCCCAACACUGUCGCCAGUUUGCUGAAGCAGUAUUUGCGAGACCUUCCAGAGAAUCUGCUUACCAAAGAGCUAAUGCCCCGAUUUGAAGAGGCCUGUGGGAGGACCACUGAGGGUGAGAAAGUGCAGGAGUUCCAGCGCCUGCUCAAGGAGCUGCCGGAGUGUAACCACCUUCUGAUUUCCUGGCUCAUCGUGCACAUGGACCAUGUCAUUGCCAAGGAGCUGGAGACCAAGAUGAACAUACAGAACAUCUCCAUAGUGCUCAGCCCGACUGUCCAGAUCAGCAAUCGUGUCCUGUAUGUGCUUUUCACACAUGUGCAAGAGCUCUUUGGAAAUGUGGUGCUGAAGCAAGUGACGAAACCUCUGCGGUGGUCUAACAUGGCCACAAUGCCCACACUGCCGGAGACCCAGGCGGGCAUCAAAGAGGAGAUCAGGAGACAGGAGUUUCUUUUGAAUUGUUUACAUCGAGAUCUGCAGGGUGGGAUAAAGGAUUUGUCUAAAGAAGAGAGAUUAUGGGAAGUACAAAGAAUUCUGACAGCCCUCAAAAGAAAACUGAGAGAAGCUAAAAGACAAGAGUGUGAAACCAAGAUUGCACAAGAGAUAGCCAGCCUUUCAAAAGAGGAUGUUUCCAAAGAAGAAAUGAAUGAAAAUGAAGAAGUUAUAAAUAUUCUCCUUGCCCAGGAGAACGAGAUCUUGACGGAGCAGGAGGAGCUGCUGGCCAUGGAGCAGUUCCUGCGGCGGCAGAUCGCCUCCGAGAAGGAAGAGAUUGAGCGGCUGCGCGCCGAGAUCGCCGAGAUUCAGAGCCGGCAGCAGCACGGCCGAAGCGAGACGGAGGAGUACUCCUCGGACAGUGAGAGCGAGAGUGAGGAUGAGGAGGAGCUGCAGAUCAUCCUGGAGGACUUGCAGAGGCAGAACGAGGAGCUGGAAAUCAAGAACAAUCACUUGAACCAGGCAAUCCACGAGGAGCGUGAGGCCAUCAUCGAGCUGCGCGUGCAGCUGCGCCUGCUGCAGAUGCAGCGAGCCAAGGGCGAGCCACAGGCGCCGGAGGACGAGGAGGCGGAGCGGCGCGGCGCGGACGGCGGCCCCGAGCAGCCCAAGGCCGGCAAGGAGCCGGCGAAGCCGUCGCCGAGCAAGGACAGGAAGGAGACGCCCAUCUGAGCCGCUGGCGGCGCCCGCGGAGCCCUCCGGCCUCUGGUCUUUACUGUACAUUCUGUAAAGACGGCUCCUCCUCCCGCCAGCGC